AGGCAGGGUGCAAAAGGGAGAGAUCGGGUGCGAGGCGCAAAAGCCUACAGCACCCGGUAUUCCCAGGCGGUCUCCCAUCCAAGUACUAACCAGGCCCGACCCUGCUUAGCUUCCGAGAUCAGACGAGAUCGGGCGCGUUCAGGGUGGUAUGGCCGUAGACGCCUGGCCCCGCUCCUAGCGGCCCCAAGAGCAUGCAGGGCGGGCGCGACGUCGGCGGCGGCGGCGGCGGCGGCGGCGGCAGCUGCAAGUUGGGCUGCAGGGGCAGCGCAUACACUACAAUGGCUGCUGGAAAGAGGCGUAAGGAAACAAUUUCCAGGCCCGCCGCGUCCAGCCCGAAAUAUGAGAAAAAAAUUAUUAGAAAUUCCGCGGGCGGUGUAAAGGCGGCGGACGGGCCGGAGAGAGGAUGUUAAAGCCCCGCGGUUGCCUCUUGGUGCUGCCUUGGCGGUAUUGGGCACCCAGAAUGCUUCAUUCUGUGAUGGUCUAUUAAUAAGGUUGUCUUGCUAGAGUUUGGAACAGGGCUCCAGAUUGGCCAAAAUGGGAAGGAUUGAAUUCUGCUCUCUUCUACGAAGAGUUAAUGGGACUGGCUAAGAUCAAAGUCUGAGGCUUUUUUCCAUCUGUAAUCAGUCCCUUUUUGCUUUCUUUUACGACCACAUGAAACUUGAGAAGCCACCUAAAGCUAUAUCAUUUAGUGGAGUUGGGCAGUUCCCAAGUGUCCAACAAGAAGGCCUGGUUUAGGCUGCGAUGGCCACUGUCAUUCCUGGUGAUUUGUCAGAAGUAAGAGAUACCCAGAAAGUCCCUUCAGGGAAACGUAAGCGUGGUGAAACCAAACCAAGAAAAAACUUUCCUUGCCAACUGUGUGACAAGGCCUUUAACAGUGUUGAGAAAUUAAAGGUUCACUCCUACUCUCACACAGGAGAGAGGCCCUACAAGUGCACACAGCAAGACUGCACCAAGGCCUUUGUUUCUAAGUACAAAUUACAAAGGCACAUGGCUACUCACUCUCCUGAGAAAACCCACAAGUGUAAUUAUUGUGAGAAAAUGUUCCACCGGAAGGACCAUCUGAAGAAUCACCUCCACACACAUGACCCCAACAAAGAGACGUUCAGAUGCGAAGAGUGUGGCAAGAGCUAUAACACCAAGCUUGGCUUUAAACGGCACCUGGCCUUGCACGCGGCAACCAGCGGUGACCUCACCUGCAAGGUCUGCUUGCAGACUUUCGGAAGCACAGCUGUGCUGCUGGAGCACCUUAAAUCUCACGCAGGCAAGUCAUCUGGGGGGGUGAAGGAGAAGAAGCACCAGUGCGAGCACUGUGACCGCAGGUUCUACACCCGGAAGGAUGUGCGGAGACACAUGGUGGUGCACACAGGAAGAAAGGACUUCCUCUGUCAGUACUGUGCACAGAGAUUUGGACGAAAGGACCACCUCACUCGACAUAUGAAGAAGAGUCACAAUCAAGAGCUCCUGAAGGUUAAAACCGAACCAGUAGAUUUCCUGGAUCCAUUUACCUGUAAUGUGUCUGUGCCUAUAAAAGAUGAACUCCUCCCGGUGAUGUCCUUACCUUCCAGUGAACUGUUGUCGAAGCCAUUCACAAACACUUUGCAGUUAAACCUUUAUAACACUCCAUUUCAGUCGAUGCAGAGCUCGGGGUCUGCCCACCAAAUGAUCACAACUUUACCUUUGGGAAUGACCUGCCCCAUAGAUAUGGACGCUGUUCAUCCCUCUCACCACCUUUCUUUCAAAUACCCAUUCAGUUCUACCUCAUACGCAAUUUCUAUUCCUGAAAAAGAGCAGCCAUUAAAGGGGGAAAUUGAGAGUUAUCUGAUGGAAUUACAAGGUGGUGCGCCCUCCUCAUCCCAGGAUUCUCAAGCAUCAUCAUCUAAGUUAGGAUUGGAUCCUCAGAGUGGUUCCCUAGAUGAUGGCGCAGGGGACCUCUCCCUGUCCAAGAGUUCCAUUUCUAUCAGUGACCCCCUCAACACACCAGCAUUGGAUUUUUCUCAGUUGUUUAACUUCAUACCGCUAAAUGGUCCUCCUUAUAAUCCUCUGUCAGUGGGGAGCCUUGGGAUGAGCUAUUCCCAAGAUGAAGCACAUUCUUCUGUUUCUCAGCUCCCUACACAAACACAGGAUCUUCAAGAUCCUGCAAACACCAUAGGUCUUGGUUCUCUGCACUCACUGUCAGCAGCCUUCACCAGCAGUUUAAGCACAAGCACCACCCUGCCUCGCUUCCAUCAGGCAUUUCAGUAGGAUCUGUCUGGGUCAUGGAUUUCUUACAGAGGUGUAUGUGUAGCCCUGCCUUAGAUGCCCAUUUUUAUUUUAGUGCCUACUUUAAGACCGUAUAAAAAUUUCUGCUGUUGUAGAAUACCGGUUUCAUUAAGCCCAUUAAUAAUAGAAACUAGCUUCUUAAGUGAGCUUUGGAACCAUCCAUGUUCAGCCGUGUGCACCCGGCUCUUUGGUCCUGAUUCUCUGUCAGUUGCCAUAGUCUCUAGCUUAUUUCAUGUAGGAACACCAUUAUUAUCGAUGUGAUAUCUCAAGCCCCGUGUUCACUUGAUUUUUCGACCUGAAAAUUUUCAUUUUUGUCCAAUAACAAUGGACAUUUGACAUUUGGCUCAUUUUUUACAAGUACGCUAUAGGAUAUAAAUCUUCUGAAAUGUGUGUGAAUAACUUGAGUCAAAUUUUAUGCUAGCCACUAAGAUUCAUAAUCAUUUAAAUGAACGAAAAAUCCAGUUUGGAGAGAUAAUAGGGGAUUUUUAGACACUGUAAUUUCAGAUCAAUGCAUUUUGAAGACGUGCUCUUGUCAGGCUACAAUAUUUGCUAAAAUAUCAUGAACACAUGACAGAAUCAAACCCAACGCAAAGCUCCAGUAUCUGUAGUAAUGUUAACAGUAUGUGGCAUCGAAGUCUUCAGGGUCAGUGUCUAGAUAACUUUCUUUCUCCUCCCCACCUUCCACCUUGAGAGUGAUUCAAGUACACCCACACUCUUGCUUUGCUUGUUGGUCCACAGUUAGUCCAGGGCCUAGAGCCACUGUGAGGCUAUAGACAGUAAGUAGGUGAACCCCAGAGUGGGAUGCCCCAGCCUGUCAGGGUGAUAGAUUCCUGAACAGGAAGCAUGAAGCCAAACCACAGCUUGUCUACGGAUAGUGUCCGCUGUUGCCAGAGUUGAAAACUAGACUUUAAGGACAAAGUGUCACUUCUGAAACAGCAGUCUGACCCCUGUGCUUAUUCAGUCUACACCCAUCUUUCCCUGCUAUUUUUGGAUGGAGAAUUUUAAAUUAAACACAUCAAGAGGUAUUUGAGGAAUUACCACAAAGUUUUACACAACUAAAAAUAUAUACAGUAAAACCCCACAUUUACACAUCUCUGGGAAAUGUGAGAAAUGUUACAAAAAAGGAGCAAAGUAAAAUAAAGCAAGCACUAAAUUAAUGUGAAAAUAAUGAGAAGGUGCUGUUGCUGAAUAAAGUAGUAAUGGACUUUCCUCGUGUGAGACAACCACCACAGUCUGAUCAAAGGCUCAAUUCUUCUAUUUUCCUAAGGGUUAUUUGGGGCAUCAGCCUAAGAGACAUAUCUAUUAAGCACUUGUUAACACCUUAUUUUGGGACCCCUUCUGUUGGGUCAGGGAUGGGGGGAUUAUGGAAGAGUAUAUAUCUCUUUAAAAAAAAUGAGAAACUAUUAUGAAUUUCUGAGCACUCCUUAGCCCUGGGUGGGAGCUGUUUCCCUUUGGUAGGGCCAGUUGUCACUGCGGAUUGCCUUGUUUACCAAUAAUUUCUAAAAUGAGUAUAGAUUACUGAAGAGAAUGCAUUAUUUAAAAUAUCUGGGAGUAGUAUAAUUUGUGGAGAAAUGUAAAUUGUAAAUGGGGUCUCACUAUAUAUAUUAUAUAUACACACGUGUAUCGCACUUCAUAGAUGAAACUUGCUCUUUGAAGGAGCUUUGACUCCUGAUAUUUUUAUCUUGCUCCUAUUCUUUUAAUCCUGGGAGCAGUAGUUUUUAUACUUAUGUAUUUAAAUUUUAUUAUGGAAAUUACAUUUUAUUAAAGUGUUCCAAAGGCAUUAAAAUUAUAUAUGUUAAUAAGGAAAUGCAUUUUUAAAUUUUCAAGCUGCUCCUAAGCUUUUGGUUAGGAGAAUAUUUGCUCUGAAAGUAGGCUUUUCGCUCUGCUUCAUUAUUGCCUCCUUUAGUUUCUAUGAAACAGAUCGCUUACCUAAGCUUUAGUUGAAUGAUUAGUGUUCAAUAUUGCUUUAAUCACCAUAAAAAAAAGGAAAAAGAAAUUUGGUGACAGAGCACAAGUAAAUAGAAAACCUAUUUUUACAUAGAGGUCACAAAUAGCAAGUGUGAAAGCACUACUUUAUUCUGUCUAAAAUUUGCAUAAUAAGAAGUCAGAUUAAUGAAUGAGACGCUGGCCUUCCUAGGCUGUAUUUCACUGCUAAUUAAAAAGGGAGUACCAGGAUUUAUGAAAUAAAGCAUUUUAGAAAUGGGAAUGGCACCAUACAUACAUACAUACAUACAUAUAAUAUAUAUAAUAUAUAUGUGUAUGUGUGUAUAUGUAUAUAUAUUCCUGAUUUUUGCCCUGCAUGGAAUUCAAAUACAUAUUUUCCAGGGCACCAGUGUUAAAACUGUAGAGUCUUAAAUUUCAUAUGUCCACCUCUCUGCCUGUUGCUGCCCGAUAGACUUGAAUAACACUUCAAAAUAAGAGGGAACUCAGCUGAUGUGUGUUUGUUAAUUGACUGCAGUGGUCACUAAACCCUUUUUGAUAGAUUUUCUAUUAAAGAUCAGGCAGCUUGUUUAUUUUAAUUGCACAACAUUUUAACCAAGAUGUAACAGAGAAUUGGCUUUUUUUUCUAGAAAAAAAAUUGUCAUUUGCUUUUAUUUGAAGUAGGUAUCAUUAAAGACAGUUAUUGCCAAUGCUGUUUCAUACUCCAGUGGCCAGACUCAUCAUCCUUGGAAUUUCUGAUUGUGCCUUAGUUUGCUUAAAAAGAAAAGGGAUUAACAUUAAAUAAAUAUUUUGGUGUAGAAUUUGAACCUCAGACAAGAUAUUGAACCUCAUUCAGUUUGACUUCCACAUGUGUGUGCAAACUAGGUCACCAGCCAUGGGAGUGUUAGUGUGGAAGGAUGUUGGCACCGUAAGCAAUGUCGCCCAUCAGUGUACACCAGCACUACUGUAUAGUUACUGGUUGCUGUUAAGCUCUCAUUCUCCAUCUUGUUACCUGCUUCCAGUUUUCAAAUGUCCUGGCUGGUCGCACACCAUCCCUUGUGCAGCUUUUCUUCUUUCAGUUAUUGCUCCUUCCUUUCAAGCUGUGUAUUUUUGCCUGUUUGUUGCUUGUUCUUUCCUUUUCUAGUCAUUUGUGGAAUAUAGUGAUAUAUUGUGUUAAUUUGGACAGUAGCGGUUUUUAAAAACCAUAUACUGACUGAAACAUGAGCCAGAGCUGAUUACUUUAUUAAGCUAAUAAUGAAUGUUAUAGAGUACAUAUUUUCAGGAUCAUUCAUCUAGUGAGCAAUACACAUGUAGGCCAAUUUAAAAAAAAAUAGAGUUUGGUCAACCUCUAUACUACACAUAUUACAAGAUAUAGCACUUUCAAAAUGAAUCUAAACUUUUACAGAAACUUUCUUAUAGGUUAUGCUUUUUAUUUUUAAGACUUACUAUAAUUUUUUCAAGUGCCAUUAGAUAUAUAUGUAGGCCUUUGAUAUAUAAUGCUUUGUGUACAAAAAUGGUAGAUGGUAUUUUAAACAGGUACAUUUUUACAGUGUUUUCUUAUUGAUUUGCUAUGUUGCACAGCAUCAGUGUGUGUCUUUUCGUAAGGUUUUACAAUGGUUUAUUUUUUUUACAAGGUUUACGUGUCUCAAAGCACACUGUCUUCCCAGUCCAUAAGUUAAAAGAUACCAGUUCACCCAAGUUGCUUCUAGCCUACUGAGAUCCAUGUGACAUUGGAGGAGGUCUUUUUAAGUGUUGAGUAUUCGUCCUUAGCAGCAGCAGACUGUUUCUCUGACACAUGAGUGCCUCGAUUGAUUUUUGCCUUGUUUUAUUCAGACUGUUACCAGCCCAGUCUACAACACAGUAUGUCUUGAUUAUGGAGGUCUACAUAGAUACAUAAAUUGUGUUGUGUACUUUCAUGUAAAAACCCACAGAGGGUUCCUUCAGGAUCAUAUGUAACAAGAUAAUGCUACCAGCCUUGGUAAUGGCACACGUAGAUCACCUGUAAGCCUUUCUGCGGUGUCUUCAGCCCUCUGAGGAUGGAAGGCAGUGUCUUAAUAAGACAUCUAGCUCUAGAAAUGACAGAACUAUUGCUAAUGUUUAAAACACUUCAUUGUAUAAGCUUCGGUGGUACAGACGAACCAGAAUGAAUGUCUAUCUUCUCAGAAACACUCCUUCAAUAUUAUAUUGGAUCAUGCUGCUAAUGUAACUUGGGACACAACUCUUCAUGGUGCUACAAACUUCUCUGUCUCAUUCAGUUGUAUUUUUUUAUCCAUAGGAAAAGGACUACAUAGGUAUAAAGGUGUACAAUAUAUUUUUAUACUGUGACUUGAUUUGUCAUUAACAAACUUUUAUACCACCACAGUGUAUUCAUGUGCACUUGCAAAAGGAGAUCUUGGACGUGCAAAUGUUACCAGAACAAACCCAGCUUUUGUCCACAAGGUGACUGUAACUCAGAAGGAAAGUGGGCUUAACAAUUGGGCAUGGAGUGAAGAGCAUACUGUAAGUUACUAACAGCCCUU